AUGGCUUCAUCAACCCCCUCCCAGAAAUCUCGGCCUCUGCUCAUCCCACAUAAGCGCGCUCUCUUACCCUCACCAACCAACAGACCAGGCUCCAAGGUAUACAAAGUCCUCAAUCCUAGCGCCAUCCCCGCAGAGACGAGUAUCAAACAGUCAUACGAAGAGGCCACCAAAGAAAGAAAUAAGACCCCAAGUUCAAGCGAGCAUAACAAAAGCAAAGUUGAAUACGAAGAAAACUACGACCCCCAGCCCCCUCGCUUUGAAGUCUCAUUUUCUAUGCCACCACAGCCCUUCCUCGACCCACCAGCUUGGGAAGCGAUUCUCAAGCACAGUCGCGAGAGACUAGCAGCACAGUCAAUGGGUGAUAGACCGAGCUCGGGAGUGGAUCAGGAAGAUGAAUCGGCUGAGCGAAUGAGACAACAAGUGGAGCGUGAGACGGAGUAUGGGUCUAUGGCUAUUCGGGGCCGGUCGAGUGUACGUGGGCGUGGAAAGAGAGGAAGGGGGAAAGGCAAUGUCUACUUGGGUAGUAGGCGCUGA